CCCCCCCCCCCCCCGCGGCCCGGAGACUCUCCAGCUGGGCCGCCCCACCGCAGGCUGCCACCCUCCGGUCUCCCCGCGCCUGCCCGUCGCCCCGCUCCGCUCGGCCCCCUGCGACGCGCGCUGGCCAUGACGGGCGCACUGUUCAAGGCGAACUUCUGGAGCUCAGACAUCCUCAGCACCGCCGGCUACGACAGCAUCAUCCAGCACCUGAACAACGGCCGCAAGAACUGCAAAGAAUUUGAAGACUUUUUAAAAGAAAGGGCAUCAAUUGAAGAGAAAUAUGGCAAAGACCUGCUAAACCUCUCCAGGAAGAAGCCGUGUGGACAGUUGGAGAUCAACACCCUGAAGCAGGCCCUUGAAGUCUUCAAGAAGCAGGUAGACAGUGUGGCACAAUGUCACAUUCAGCUUGCCCAGACUCUAAGAGAAGAGGCCAGGAAGAUGGAAGAAUUCAGGGAAAAGCAAAAGCUACAACGGAAAAAGACAGAGCUUAUAAUGGAUGCUGCCCAUAAACAAAGGAGCUUACAGUUCAAGAAAACUAUGGAUGCAAAGAAGACCUAUGUGCAGAAAUGCCGGGACAAAGACGAAGCAGAGCAGGCUGUCCACCGGAGUGCCAACGUGGUGAACCCGAAGCAGCAAGAAAAGCUUUUCGUGAAACUGGCAACUUCGAAGACUGCAGUCGAAGACUCAGACAAGGCGUACAUGAUGCACAUCAACACUCUGGACAAAGUCCGCGAAGACUGGCAGAUCGAGCACAUCAAGGCCUGCGAGAUGUUCGAAGCUCAAGAAUGUGAACGAAUAAACUUCUUUCGGAAUGCGUUGUGGUUACACAUGAAUCAGCUGUCACAACAAUGUGUCACAAGUGAUGAGAUGUAUGAAGAAGUCCGUAAGAGCUUAGAGGCAUGCAGCAUUGAGAAGGACAUUGAGUACUUUGUGAACCAACAGAAAACUGGACAGACUCCACCAGCACCCAUUGUGUAUGAGAAUUUCUACUGCCCCCAGAAGAAUACAGCCCCACAGGGAAAGGCUCCAGGGCCCAACUUACCAAGGAGAGGACCUCUCCCAGUUCCUAAAAGUUUACCAGAUAACCCUGAUUAUUCUUUGGUUGAUGACUACAGUCUGAUCUAUCAGUAACAUCAGUGAAAACAAACCUUUUUCGGGCCAGUGCUUCUACAGCGUGGGAGGAGGCACUCAGAACAGCAGAAUCCUUAGCCAAACUGUGUCAGUCGUGAAACUUCCAAGUGAAACCUUGCUGUAAUUUUUUUCUGUAUUUUAAAUUUAUUGUAGACAUUUAGAUCAACUUAGGCUAGUUAAGUUCUGAAAUUCUUAGAAGAAGUUUACAAAUUGCCCCAGACUGAAGAAUCAUUCUUUCCUAGGCGGUUACUAACGUUGUGAGUGAAUUGUGUUAUCUCCUUGGUCUCUGGAUUUGGAGCCCUGACUCUUGUUGUGGGGGGGCAGAGGUGGCUGCAGAGGGGUAUGAGCCAUGAACCUGGAGGGGCUUCUUUGGCUCCGGGGGCAGCUUGGCUGUAGAAUGUUCACAGCAGCACGUGCCCUCGGUGGUGCACCAUUUCAACUCACCUUCCUUUUUGGCUGGAAGACUUGGAGGCCAUCUAAUUAUACUUUCUCGUUUUACAGAUGAGGAAAUGGGGCCCAGAAGUGUGAAAUCAAUUUCCUUACUGAUUAGGGACAGAAUCCAAACUGGAGUGUAAGCUCACCUCACGUUACCAUUCUGACUGAUCCUUCCUCAGGCCAUUGGUGCUUGUGUUGAAAUUUCAGACGCCGAAUGUUUUUUGCCGGCGUCUUUCCAGUUGGGAAAAUAACCAGGGUUUAAAUGUCAGAUUUAUUUUUAUGGGAGUCCCUGUGUGUCCUGAACUUCUAGAGCACCAUAUUUAAUUUAAUCUAAGAAGCCGCUGAUUAUAAAGCAUGGCCAUUAUUUUACACACCACUGAGCAAGUUACGUGAGGGAGUUGACAUUCUCAGUGGGGGCAGAAUUACUCAUAAAGGGGUGAAAAUUGGGACAGUUAAUGGUUAAGCCCAUUUAAAUUUGAUUUGCUAAACUGAGGCGGGGGGAAGUACAUCCUAGAGUCAGUGCAAUAGGGUAUUUGGACUUCAAUUCCUAAAGAGAAUUCGAGAGCUCCAAAGCCAGUCCUCAGUCCUGGGUCUUCACAGAGAAUCUUUCCCUUGCUAGCUCCUAGAACUUUUUAAAGUGUCAGUCUUACCCUUUCGCAGGUAUUUGAGUCUUUCUUCUUGUUACCCACAGACAGCAGGGAGACAAUGUCCCUUUUGUGUAAUAUCCACACGCCAUGAGAAAAUGGUACAUUUUAGUUAAUGACAAAUUAAACUAGCACUGGUACUUAUUCAGGAUGUUGUUGGCCUUGUAACACAUAUUUUCUUCUCCUGCUCUAUGCAGUAGCUUUCUCAGAACUGUGCACAAAUUGAUUGAAAAAAGAUUGAUUAUUUCCCACCCUUUAAGGUGUUACUGAAAGUGGCAGCUUCUCCUCAUGACAGGAAGCUUGCAUCAAUUGGAUAUCCUUUUGAGAAACUGAAGUUUGCAAAGGGCCAUUGACUUCCCCAAAUUGAGCAGGCUCAGGACAUUUCCUUCAAGCUCGGAACAUUCUAAUUUUUAGGUAUUUUAUUUAUUGUUCACAAUUCCUCAGGGAUUUCACUUUUCUCUCUUUUGGUCAGUGCAAUCGCUGUAAACGUGUUUUAUGAAUUGAAAAUACUUUUAUUUUAUUGCUCUGUCAGUUUGAUAUGAAGUAAAAUAAAGGUUCCUUGGAGAUUUAGGA